AUGUUUAAAAAACCAGUAAAAAUCAAGAGUAACAACCUAGCGAAGGGCUCCGAACGAAAAACCAUCAAAGACCUGUUUUGCAAGAGUUUCCCCAAAGCAACUGAACAAGAGGUAAAUUCACUUUUAAACAACAAAAAAGAGCCUUUAAACUGUAUAAAACUUGUAACCCACGAUAAUGAAGUAUUACAAGUUUAUCUCAUACAAAAACAACCAAUUUUCUUUAGUCUUAGAGACAAAAUAUUCCCUACAGUUUUUCUUUUAUGGAAACUGCCCCAUUUGAUACCCAAUUUCACUACGCAUCCUCAGGUAAUGAGUUUUAUUAAUUCUGGAGCUGAUUUGAUGUUGCCAGGUGUAUUAACACCCCCAGGAUUGCCAAGAUAUAACAACGUUUUAGAAGGGACUCCUGUUUAUGUUAACUUAUCUGACAAUAAAGCUGCAGUUGCUGUUGGAAUGGCAGCUCAAAGUUCAUUUGAAAUGGAACGAGCAGGAGGCAAAGGGAAAUGUGUUAAAAUUUUACAUUUUUAUGGAGAUUAUUUGUAUAAUAUUGAUGGAAAUUCUAUUAGUUUGCCUAAUUUUGGACCACCUGAUUGGUUGACUUUGAAGGAUUAUGUCGAUGAUUUUCCUGCAUUGGGCGGGGUCAAGGUAAAACUCAAUGAGGUAAAACCAUCAUUGGUAGAACCUGAGCCAUUAAAAGAACUUCAAGAAGUUAUAGAAGAAAUUAGUAUUGAGGAUAAUGAUGAUGAUGUAGAUGAGCUUUUGCACUAUUGCUUCUUGGCCUCAAUAAAAUACUCGAAAACUUUAACUUUGCCCCUAUUAAUUUCAAACUUUUUCAAACUUCAAAUGUUGCCAAUGUGCCCUGAAGGCUCAAAUUUAGACUUAAAGAAAACCUCCUACAAAAAACUUAAGCCUUUUUUAGAUGAAAUGAGCAAAACUGGCCUGAUAACCGUAACAGAAAUCAAAAAAGGAGUUGAAGCUAUCACAAACAUAAACAAAAACCACCCAAAAUAUUGCGAGUUUUACUUAAAACCAGAUCUAAGACCCAAAAAAGACUCUGACAACAACCAACAAACCAUUAUAACAGAGUCUUAUGUAAUAACUGCAACCGUAUUACCAAUAUUCCAACCAGCUGGAUACCGCAAGGGAGACACAAUUGAAGGCCCAAACAUCCGCAAACAUUUCACAGACUACAUCAAACAAAACAACUCCCAAUCACCAGACAACAACAAACUAAUCCAUCCCAAUACAGAACUCCUACAAACAAUUUGCAAAACCCAAAACCCCAUCACUUGGGAAGAAGCAUUUGAAAAAACCUUUGAAUCAAUGAAAUCCUGCUUCAAAGUAAAAUCAACCCAACAACAGGAACAAAUUUUAAACAAAGGCAAAGUCCAACCAAUAAGCAUGACUGUAAAAGUCCGAUCUGGUAACAAAAAAGUUACACUAAUUGACAAUCUAGAAGUGUUCGGAGUGAAUAUUAACGAGUUUGCUAAAGAGUGUCAGCAUGGAGUAGCGGCAAGUACCAGCAUAACUCCAGCACCUCCAGGGAAAAAAUCGGAUCAAUUAUUAGUGCAGGGCAACCAAGUGGUUUUCGUGCACGAUUUGCUUGUGGAAAAGUACAAGAUUCCUAAACGGUAUAUUCGAGGAUUAGAGUUGGCGCCCAAAAAGAAAAAAUAA